UUCUUCUUCCUCUUCAACAUCCUUUUUUUUUUAUAAAGUGUACUAUCAAAUACACGUACAAUGUAACCUGACCUAACCCAACCAAGACUUUCUCUACAAUCAAAUGAACCAACAAAGUUAACCUCAACCCAUCUCCUCCUCUCUAUAAAUAACACCAUCAUUGUGCUUUCCCAAGCACCAUCACAGCAACAAAAUGGCUUCAAUGCUCAUGUUAAUCUUAGUGCUCUUUGGAGCCACUUUGGCUGGGUUCUCAGAUGCUCAGCCAACACCAGUCUCUGGUCUUUCCUACACUUUCUACAAGUCCACCUGCCCAAAACUAGAGUCCAUUAUAAGAAAUCAACUCAAAAAGGAUUUCAACAGUAAUAUAAGCCUUGCUGCUGGCCUUCUCCGGCUUCAUUUCCAUGACUGUUUUGUUCAGGGAUGUGAUGCGUCGGUGUUGUUGGACGGGUCGGCGAGUGGGCCGAGUGAGCAGGAGGCGCCACCGAACCUGACGUUGCAGCAGGCGGCGUUCAAGGCUAUCAAUGAUCUGCGCGCGUUGAUCGAUGCGCAGUGUGGGCAGGUUGUUUCUUGUGCUGAUGUUGUCGCUAUCGCUGCGCGUGACUCUGUUGCUCUGUCUGGUGGACCGGACUACAAAGUCCCACUCGGCCGGCGAGACAGCCUCAACUUCGCCACCCAAAACGCCACCAGCGCCAGCCUCCCUCCUCCGACCUCCAACGUCAGCUUCCUCAUCACCACUCUCAACAAGAUCAACCUCACCGUCACCGACCUCGUCACCCUCUCCGGCGGUCACACCAUUGGCCGUGCCCACUGCACCUCCUUCACCAACCGUCUCUACCCAACUCAAGACACUAACAUGGACAAGACCUUCGCCAACAACCUCAAACUCACUUGCCCGGCCGCCAACACCACCAACACCACCGUCAACGACAUCCGUACACCAAACACAUUUGAUAACAAGUACUACGUUGACCUUAUGAACAGACAAGGCCUCUUCACGUCUGAUCAGGGACUCUACUCUGAUUCCAGGACUAAGUCCCUUGUUCUUAAAUUUGCUCUUAAUCAGACACAGUUCUUUGAGCAGUUUGCUUUGUCAAUGGUGAAGAUGGGCCAGCUCAGUGUGCUCACUGGAUCUCAGGGUGAGAUCAGGACUAACUGCUCUGCACGUAACUCUGGCUCUGGUUUGUGGUCUGUGCUUGAGCCAUUGGUUGAGACUGCUUCUACUUUUUAGUUUCUGCAAACUGUUUGUCUGUUUGUUAGACACUUGUUGCUUGAUAUUAAUAAUAAGUGGUUGAUCGAAGA